AUGGAGCCAAAAAACCUCACGUGGGUAUCAGAGUUUGUCUUCCUAGGACUCUCCCAGACUCCAGAGCUCCAGCUUUUCCUGUUUCUGGUGUUCCUAUUUGUCUACACCACCACUGUCGUGGGAAACCUCCUCAUCAUGGUCACAGUGACCUCAGACACCCGGCUCCACACACCCAUGUACUUCCUGCUCCAAAAUCUGGCUGUCAUAGAUCUCUGUUUCUCCUCUGUCACUGCCCCAAAGAUGCUGGUGGACUUCCUCUCUGAAAAGAAGACCAUCUCCUACCAGGGCUGUAUGGCCCAGAUCUUCUUCUUCCACUUUCUGGGAGGCGUCAUGGUCUUCUUCCUCUCAGUCAUGGCCUAUGACCGCCUUGUUGCCAUCUCUCGGCCCCUCCACUAUGUCACCAUCAUGAGCACUCAGCUCUGUGUGGGGUUGGUGGUGGCUAGUUGGGUAGGAGGCUUUGUGCAUUCCAUUGCCCAACUGGCUCUGAUGCUCCCAUUGCCCUUCUGUGGCCCCAACAUCCUGGAUAACUUCUACUGUGAUGUCCCACAAGUGCUGAGACUUGCCUGCACUGACACCUCCCUCCUGGAGGUCCUCAUGAUCUCCAACAGUGGAAUGCUGGAUGUCAUCUGGUUCUUUCUCCUCCUGACCUCCUACUCAGUCAUCUGGGUGAUGCUGAGGUCCCACUCUGGGCAGGCGAGGAGGAAGGUGGCUUCCACCUGCACCACCCACAUCGUCGUCAUGUCUAUGGUUUUCAUUCCAAGCAUUUACCUCUAUGCCCGGCCCUUCACCUCCUUCCCCAUGGACAAGGCUGUGUCCAUCAGCCACACGGUCAUGACCCCCAUGCUCAACCCCAUGAUCUACACCCUGAGGAACCAGGAGGUGCAGGCAGCAGUGAGGAGACUAGGGUGGCGCCGGCUGGUGUGUAAAAGGGAGCAACAAUGA